AUGGCAGCGAGUCAUUCUCCACUAUUCCUCGGCCCUCCAAGCACGGCGCCAUCGCUGAGGAGCGGGACAUCCACACCCCAACCUCCACUACGGUCGGCGCCAGGAUCAGACCUCCCAAAGUCCAACGCCAAAGCUCUGAGCAGCCGGCUCCGUCAUCUCGUUGACAACCCAUCGCGCGCCGCGACGUUCGCGGUCAACCUCACAAUACACGAACUCAGCAAUAUCCCCCAGAUCAACGGCAAGUUUGCGUGUCGCUGGAAGUUUCGCGGCCACAAACCAAGUAACGGGGACCGGCUGCUGGAGCACCCUGAGCAGCGGAAGCCGCUACCAACAACUCGCAAUGUCGUCAACCCGGCCCUGCGGCAUUCGAGCAGCAUGAUGUCACUGCGAACAUCACAGGCGGGGUCGGGCACUUCGACGCCCGCACUUCAAUCGUCAAACGCAAAACAGCGCUCGCUUCAAGUCCUCGCGCCAACUGUCCCAUCACCCAACUUUCCCAUCCGCCGUUACUCUCAGCAUGCUCUCCCUGCAUCUGUCGUCUCCCGAUCCUCAAGGUCCACGAAUGUGGCUCCUGCUCUUAAUGGCGACCCCGCGCACAGCAAGGAAGCUUCGGCAGGCUCCGGCACGACCGGCACCACCAGCACAGUUUCCACCUCGUCUGUGGCCCUCGACGACGCCACCAACGUCUAUGACGUAGUCGAGGACGGUGUAUCACAACCUCCGUCUGCGACACAGUCAACAUAUUCUCUCAAUAACGCCAUCACCAAGCCAGGCGGGCUGCCUGUCCCUGGUAUGUGGGGCCGCCCCAGAUCGGCAUGGCGCUCGGGGACUGCGCCCGCUGCGUUCGCUUCAGAUGAACAGACCUCUGUGACGUCUGCUUUACCCUCACGUGCAGCGAGUGUCCACUCUGUCGGAUCUGCUGGCGCUCCCGCAUCGAUCGACUCGGGCGCCCCUUCGAACGCCCAUGCUCCUGACUCGACCGAACGGCGUGGCAUGACGCCGAUCGAGAAGAUUCAUGCGCACGCCGUGCAGUGGGAGUAUGAGGUGCAGUACGUGAUCCGCGUUCCAUUGGGCAAGCCUGUACCAGUGGCCGACAAAGGCAAGACGCCCUCGCCCACUCGCCGCAACCGCACUCUACCCAUCCUGGGGGAAGGGCCUAUGAGCAAUUCCGGUCUGAAGCUGGAGAUCGAGGAGCUACACGACGGCAACGAAACGCAUCCACGGCCAUUCGGGCAUGUAAACCUCGACCUUGCGCCGUUCGCCGAGCUGGGGCCCACGUCGCGCAAGUUCCUGCUCAAGGACAGCAAGACGAACGCGACUAUUCGAAUCUCCAUCGAUAUGCGCUUCAUCGGCGGGCAGCAGCACUGGGUGACGCCACAGUUAACAGAGGGCCAUUUUGUCAACGACAUCUCGCAGCUCACUGGCGAUGACGGCGGCUUAUACAAAGAGCUCCAGUUGAUCCCCACUGCAUCGCGGUCGUCCGACUCGGCGACUUCAUCGUCCAUGUCGGGCCGCCAUUCCAAUCACUUGGGCAACUCCGAGACAUGUUUGGCACGUCCGUCACCGAACGCGAACUCCAUCGCCUCGCAGCACGCCAAGCACACCUACAAGCCAUACCAGCACCACUUGCGGCCUGAAAUACGCUCAGCUCGCACGAGGGAAGAUUCGAUAUUGGACGACUGGAAUCCCCAUAGAUUCCCCGCGAGCUCGACUGGCCAGUCACUGGGCACGUUCGGCAAGCCUGGAACCGAGUCCACCAACUCGUCCACGUGGACGAACGCGAGCUCUGCGUCGGCCCAGGCCAUAUUGGUGUCGCAGCCCUUACAAAUGUCACCGCCGCCAUACCCACCGAUUGACCGGUCGACUGGGGGUUAUUUUGACACACCGACGAUGCGUACCCUGACUCUGGAGUCUCCAUCAACCUUCACUAGGGGCAUGAGCAUGUCCGAGGACUUACUCUCGCCCACCGAAAUGUCGCCUACGUCCCCGGUUCUGGGACCACUCUCUCCAGACCAAUCGCCCCCCUCAAUGGGGCUGACGAAACACGCGAGACAACACAACAGCCACAGACUUUACCUGCGCGACCGCCAGGGCCACUCGAGCGACCUGCAGCCGGACCUGGUCAUCGAGCACGUCUUCAAUCCACAGGCAGCGGAGGUGGUGGGUCCAUUUACCUUCGUACCAAACGAGCAGGACGAGGACAUGAUGUUUGAGGACGAGAUGGGCGGCCUGCAACUUGACACUGAGCCCGAUGUGCCCGUCCACCACCGUCGGUGGUCUCGAAUCCGCCGACGCGUCAUCAGCUCAACGCACCGUAAACAAACGGCUUUGGAGGGAGGCGGCGUGUCGAGCGCUGUUUAUUAG